AAGCAAAAAUGACGAUGCGAGAGGUGUCGCGUAAGUCGUGAAAUUCGACAGUUCCGCUUUUCACGUCGUUUCGCGUAUACAUUCUUUCUGUAUAUCAUUAUUUUCUCCCCUACUUAUUGUUAAAAAAAUAAAUAAAAGUGUUUUAGUUAUUUUUAAUAUAUUUUAAUUUUGAAUUUUUUUAUGCGUUAUAAUCAUCGCAUGCUGGAAAUAAAAUAUCGUCUUUUUCCAGAUGAGCGAGUCGGUAAAAGUAGCCGUAAGAUGUCGGCCUAUGUCCAAUCGGGAGCAACAACAAGGAUGCAGGAACGUGGUGACGAUCGACAGGUUGACCAAAUGUUGUACGCUGGAGAAUCCAUCAUCGAAUGGUUUGACAGGAGGAAAAGUGUAUCAAUUCGAUGCAACAUUUGGUGCCGAGGCAAGCACGGAAUUAGUAUACGAAGAUGUUGGAUCGGUCAUCGUGGAAGCUGUACUCCAUGGUUACAAUGGUACAGUCUUUGCUUAUGGGCAAACAGGUUGUGGAAAGUCUUAUACGAUGCGGGGAUUCAUCGAACGUACAUUGGAACAUCUUUUCGAAGCAACUUCGACAUCUAGCACAGAGACACGUUAUUUAGCAAUACUGAGUUAUCUCGAGAUAUAUAACGAACGUUUGCGAGAUUUAUUGAAGGAAGGUACGGGAGAGACGUUGUUGAUGUUGAAGGAAGAUUCUUCCAAAGGAAUUUACGUGGCUGGUGGUUUACGCGAGGUCACGGUCAAGGACGCUGCGGAAUGCGCACGUUUGAUAGAACAAGGUGAUCGAAAAAGAGCAGCAGCAGCCACAAAAAUGAAUGCAGCAAGCUCGAGGAGUCAUGCUGUUUUAACGCUGGCACUCGAAGCAAUAGCAAUCAAUGAAAAUGAUAAGGGUGGUAACGCUAUUAGAAGAGGUAGACUUCAUUUGGUUGAUUUGGCUGGUUCGGAAAGACAAACGAGAACUGGGGCUACCGGGGAUCGUUUGAAAGAAGCUGCCAGUAUUAAUUUAAGCUUGUCUGCUCUUGGUAAUGUUAUUAGCGCAUUGGCUGCUGGUAAUGGCCGACAUGUACCAUACAGGGAUAGUAAAUUGACCAGAUUAUUGAGGGACAGUCUUGGUGGUAAUGCAAGAACGUUGAUGAUAGCUUGCAUCAGUCCAAGUGAUAUCGAUGCCGAAGAAACAUUGAGUACACUUCGAUACGCAGCUAGAGCACGUUGCAUAAAAAAUAAACCAAUCGUUAACGAGGAUCCUAAAGAUGCUUUAUUAAAACAAUAUCAAUUAGAAUUGGAGAGACUUCGAAAAUUAUUGGAAUCGAAUGAUAAAAUACCAGAACAAACUAGUUUUUUGAAGGACGAACAAGAGGAAAACGUUGAGCUAAGAGAAAGGGAAUAUAAUAACGAAGUCGAAAAAUUGAGAAAAGAAUGCGAAAGUUCGAAUUUAUCAGCACAAAGAUUACGCGAGGAACUUGAUAUUUUGAAGUCUAGAUACGAGAAUGUUAACGGCAAGCCUGCAUUGCUUGAAGGUAAACUUGUUAUGGAUGAAUUGGAUAAAGAACGCGAAGAAAAACGUAGGAAAAAGAGAGAGGCCGCUAAACAAGAAGUAUUAAGGAGAUUAGAAAAACUUACCAUUGGUGGUGAGGCUCUUGACAAUACUGAAUUAAGGAAACGAAGGGAGAAAAGAAGAAAAAGAUUGCAAGCUCUUGCUGGUGUCUUAGAAACUAGUAGUCAGGAUGGCGGUGUCUUCCAAGUUUAUGGUCAACUCAGGUCUACGGAAGAUGCAUUAAAAAGAAUGGCAAAAAGAGUACGGCAAUUAGAAGCGGAAGCAGCCGAUCUUCAAGCAUCAUGGGAUGCUGAACGUCGCGAUCUUUUACGACGAGAAUUACUUACGUCACAAUUAUGCGAAGCAAUGAUACCACAUCUUAGGCCAGGUUGUCCACUCCGUGACGUAGCAUCGGUAAGAGCAUCGGCUACUUGGUGCGAGGAAUUAAAUCGAUGGAGAUUUCCGGAUGCAUCAACAUACAUUCCAUUACCACCUACGUCCAUGCAAUAUCGUGAUGGUACCGUUAAUAACGUGCCGACACAUUCCAGUAUGUUAUUAAAAGCAGAUCUUAACAAUAACAAUAGCAGCAAUAAUAAUGGGAAGGAAGAGGAGUAUCGAAAGAUUAAUGUUACUUCGAAGGAGACUUCUAAUGAGGCAAACAAUGAUAACAGCAAUACCGAGACUACCAAAAAGCUUGACAUUGUCGACACUUAUUUUCGAAGGAAUAGGAUUGAUACUUUGUUGGCACGUGUUAGAGAAGCCAAAACAUUUGAAAUAGGAAGUCGUCUGAGCAAGUCUGGUGGCUCAGAGGAUACAACAACGCCAGUUAACAACUACCUUCAACUGAACGCUUUGAACUUGCAAAGCAGUGCACCUGUCAUUACCGAAUCUACCGGUUACAAACCAAGUCAACAUCUAACACUUCCUGGAAAUUUUACAAAAAAUGCUUGGACCUUCGAAGACAAUCCUACGAACAAAAUUUAUGGUUCAUUCGUAACAAAUACGAAAAAAAAUCCACCAAGAAUUUUAGAAGCUUUACCAUCCUAUCCGCAAGGAAAUGGACAAAUUAUUAACACACCAUUUCAUUUUAACGAAAAGAUUACUUCAAAAUUAAAUUCCAAUGAGGAUCAACAACAACAAGAAUUACGUCGACAUCGUUUGCUUGAUCUUGAUAGAAAUUUCCAUUCCCCAACAAGCUGACGAAACUGAUGAUUUAACGAAUUUGUAUAUAAAAUUUAUGCGGUUGACAUAAUCGCUGUUUUUAUUUCUAUUAUUUCGUUACGUUAAUUAAUAUUGUGUUUACUUUAAUUUAUUACAAACAACCAAGACAAAUCAAAGGUGUCGAGAAUAUUUUCGAAAUAUUUUUACGAACAAUCGGGACUAAUCAUUCCAGUAAUAAAAUAGAAAAUUACAGUGUUUUUGUACAUUAAUUUCAGAAAAUAUUUCGCAAAUUGUUUGACCAUAAUUCGAAAUAAUUUGAGAUAAAAAGAGAGAGAGAGAGAGAGCUUAAUGCUCGAGUAACAUUAUUUAACAUCUAACGUGUUGAAAUUAUCGUCGCAAAAAUUGUGAUUAAACUUUGUUCGCUACUUUAAUAACUUGUAAAAAAUGUAUAAAUGUAAUAUUUCAUGAGAGAGCAAUAUUCCUUUUAUAAAUCUGUCUACUUUCUAUAUGUACGUUAUAAACACGCGCGUAAGUCGUAUCUGUGUGUACCACUCGAUGGUUCGCUCAAACCAUUACGAAUUUAUUUAUCUUAUUUUCUUUUUUUUUUUUUUUUGUAAUCCUACGUAGACAUUGACGUAACGCCAUCGAUUCUAUUUUUCAUCCUUUUUUUUUUCUUUUUUUUUUAUUCAAACAUAUUACAUGACAAUCGAAAAGUAAAUGUGUUCACAAUUCUACAUGUAAAAAUUUACCAAAAAAUGUCAAAUAGAAAAAAGGAAAGUAUUUUAGCACGUAAUUUCGUAUAUUAAUUGAAUGCAAAUUUUUAACAACAAUAAUAACAAAAAUUUGUGAAAUCAAAUUCAAAUCAUACUAAUUUAAUGUAGGAAACAAUUCAUUCAAAUUUUUAAUUAAUCGUGCAGAAAUUAAUUCGUAACGCUUAAUAUGGAUCACUAUAUAAAAAAAAAAAAAGAAAAUAAAUAAUACAUAUUAUAAUCACAAAAGAAACGAUAAAAUAAUAGUACAAUUAACGUUUAUGCAUGAAUGGUACGUUGAAUAAAUCAUUUUUAGAAAUUCGAUGAACAGCUGCUCUACGCGCGUUAUUAUAUAGAAAACAAAAAUAGAAAAGACAAAUUUUCAAAUAGAAAAUAGAAUAGCAGGUUUGUUAUAUAAAAACUAGAUGAAAUUAUAAUUGAUAAUUUAAAGUGAAAAUAACUAUUAACGCGCGUGAAGAUUUGGAGUGGGGUGGAGGGGGGGGGAGGAAGGGUAAGGUGAUAGUUAUCUAGGUAUUUGUAGGUGAAAGAAAAAGUUUCUUUAUAUGUUAUAAUUUAUUCCGAGAAAUAUAUUACGUGAGAGUCUCAAUUAUCAUACGAUCCGAAGUUAUAUGCAAAUUCAAUUAACCAUUCAAAUAUAAACAAGUUUUGUUCAUUUAUACGAUGAUGUAUACCUUAUUUACAAUUUGCAAUCAAUAACUCAAUUAUAAUAUUAAUUAUUAUUUCUAUAUAAUUGAUUGUACAAAAAAUUUAAUUGUCUUAUAUUCCGGAAUAUUUCUAAAUACAUUACUUUGCUUUUGAUUUGCAUAAAUAGCGCCAUGUAAUUGGGUUAGUUGAAUGUCGACACUUUGGUUUGGAGAUAGGAAAGAAAUCUUUCGAGAUAAAAUGAAAAAUGAUACGAUAAAAUUAAUUUUCUUAAGAUUUUUCCUUUAGUUUUAUAAUGCAAUGAGGUAAUAGAAAAAAUGCAUAUACAUUCCUUGUCAACUUCUUGACUCUUUUCACGUGAAAAAAAAAGUAUUAAAAUGCAAUGGUUGGAGGUGACUGAUUGAAAAACACUUUGCUGAAAAAAAUUGUUUUCCUCUUGAAGUAACUGCAAAGAGUCAUCCUAUUUUUUGUUAUGUUAUUUUUUGUAGAAGUUAGAAAAAAAAAUUGUUGUAUGGAAAAAAAAAGAUGAUUGGGAUAAAAUCGAUUUAUAUAUCUUAUUACAAUGAUAUCUUUUUUUAUGGGAAACCAGUGUUAUAAGGAACGUGCAGUUUAACAUAAAAAAAGAAA